GUAUUUGGGUAUAAAAAUACUGUCAAACGAUGGCAACAUUUCAUUUUCGGUUUUGGAGGGUUUUUGUAAACAACCGUCGAGGUUAUUUUAUUUUUGAAAAAUGUUGAGUCUCCUAAAACCAGGACCCUAUUAAUAUUUGGUUUGAAUUUAAAUACCCUAUAACCAUGGCUGAAGAUAUAAAAGUAUCUUUUGUUAUUCGCAAAGACUGUCGAGACACAAAUGACUGCUCGGAAGAUAUGCAACUUGCAUUCGUGACAUGCGAAGGUCACCGUGGAGGAGGUCUGCAGCCUCGUUGGGUGAAGGAGACCGAGCUCACUGACCUGGAUAAAUUGACCAAAAGAGAUGUUUUUGUCCUUAACGAGUUUGCCGGUGAAUUUUUUGAAAAACUCAAGGCUACCAAAUGUUUACUAGUGGGUCCCCGCUGCCUGUCCUGUUGCCUGACAGAAGGCACCCCCAUCCCGUCGGGCCCGGAGCCGGUGUUCACCGUGGCUAUGAGAGGCCUAGUUGUCUCUGCCAGUGGAAUGACUAAACAGCAGAAGGAGAGCAUAAAAAGGAAAGUGCAAUGGAUGGGAGGCAUAUACUCCAAUGCCCUGACUGAUGAGACCACACAUCUGGUGUCGGAUUCUGUGCUAUCUGAUAAGUAUAUUAAAUCGGUAGAAAAAGGAAUACCAGUUAUGAGUGAGGCGUGGAUAGAAGCGGUAUGGCAAGCGUCACUGCAGUUAAACGUCAACGGAUCAUCACCAGACUUCGUGAAACACAAACUACCACCAUUCACCAACCUGCAAGUGACCACGUCCGGUAUAUCAAAGAAGGACAAACAGAUGAUCAUGAAGUUGGUGAACGAAGGAGGUGGAACAUUCAGUGGAGCGUUUCAGAGUGAGACUACUGAUGUUGUGAUUUUGACGAAAGAAGGCGUCGGCAGUGAGAAAUACAAAGCUGCACUAGAAUACGGCAAGGCGUGCGCGCUGCCCGCCUGGGUCAAGGACUCCGCUAGCAAAGGAGUUGCGCUGCCGCUUGCUAAGUACAGAGUGGUCGGUGCGUCGACUUCCUCGCCUCUGGCUGAGCACCGCCUGCCUGAUAUGAGUCUCAACUUUUCAAGAAUAACAAACCUACGACCUCCAAGCAACUUUGUAGAUGAGACAAGAUCAGCAGACAUUUCUACCCUUUCUGGACGAAUGAAGCUUUCACAAGACACAAGAAAGUCUUCAGAUGCUGUGGACAAAGAUAUACAGACUGCUUUUGAAAAUUUCGACAUGAGUUUGAUCAAGAAGGCCGGACCUAUCUUUGACGGAUUUUGUAUCUGGGUAACCGGCCCUGAAGGCGGCUGGCGGGAGCGCGCCAACGCCUGCGUGUCGCGCGGGGGUGGCGUCCGCUACUCCGCGCCGCACUCGCGCGUCACUCACAUAGUUAGUGGAAGCGGGGCGGCGGCGGCGGCGGCGGCGAAGGAACUGCCGACUGUGCCGGUGGUGUCGGCGCUUUGGUUGUUGAGGAGCAUUGAGGCGGGGAAGGCUGUUGAUGAGGCACAGUACCUGCUAGACCUCGCCCCCAGCAGCCCAAUACCCUCCCGUGCACGGGCCGAGCCCGCGUCCCCUAUGAGCGCGCGCACGCUACAGCUGUUGCGCCGCGCGCCGCCGCCGCCGCCGCCUGUCUUCCAACCUGUGGUGAACCAGGAGCCAGAGGAUGAGGCGCUACAGGUGUAUUUGAGCCAAGCGGCGGCCGAGCCAGCGCGCGACAAGACCCCCGAGCCGCCCGCGAUGACGUCACGACAGGAACCUGACGUCACUGACGAUGUCGACGAGCCCACGGACGAAGUCGAACAGAUAUUUAAAGGUAUGAAAAUAGAAGUGCAUGGACUCGAAGAGGAAGCCAUUUGUGAAAUAGGUGCUGAGGUGUCAGCGGCAGGCGGCUGCCUGGUGGCGGCGGGCGCGGGCGGCUCGCACGCGCUGGUGCCGCUCGACUUCGCCGCGGCCGAGCUGCCCAGCGCCGUAGAGCCCGUCACCGUGUUCUGGAUCAAAGACUGCCUAUCCCAACAAGAGCUGGUCCCCAUCCAGUACUACCACCGGCCCGUGGUGGCGGCGCCCUCGCUCGGCGGCGUCGUGGCCAGCCUCAGCACCUACAGCGGCGUGGAGCGCGCCUUCCUCGACGAGCUGGCCAGGCUGCUGGGGGCCACAACUCAACUACGGUUCUGUCGGCGUACCACGGCGAAUGCCCUGGCGUCCACACAUCUGAUUUGUCCGACGCCCUCUGGCGAUAAAUAUCAAGGUGCAGUAAAGUGGGGAUUACCCGCCGUCACUGCGCAGUGGCUGCUAGACUGCGCCGAGAAAGGAGAAAGAGUUCCAGAAGGGCCGUAUCUAUUGCCAGGCACCAAAGCGCCACAACCGCCACCUCCCGAGCAGGCAGCCCCGCCCCAAUCUCCGCCUAAGUCACCGGUACAGGCUGACCAACUGAACAAGGAGAACGCGAUGUUGCCGCCAGCAGAGGGCGCCACUGUGCCGCGCAGGAACUCCAUGCCGAGUCGAGAUAACACGCCGAAGGGGAAGCCUGGACAUGGCGACGACAACGACAUGUCGCCGGCGUCGCGCUACAUCGCGAUGGCGCGGCAGGGCCUGCUCGGCUGCGACUCGCAGGAGACGCCCAAGCGAGUCGGGGAACUGAGGGAUGAUGCUAAACAAGACGGCGACGUCAGAACCCCACCACUAGACGACGCAUUAUCCACGCCCAACCUGCGCUGCCUGAGUCCGACCACGCGGCGGCGGCUGCAGGCGGUGAAGCGAGGCGAGAUGCCGUCAGACCCCAUCAGGACACCCACUGAUCCCUUCGAGAAAAACCGCACCGAAACACCGGACAGUGCGUUCGGCGCGGCGCUGCGGCCCGGCUCCGGCCGCCUGUCGCCCGACGCACGGAAGAGACUGUGGCAGUUCGUGCAGGAACUGCCGGGGAAGGAGCCGCAGACUGAGAAGCAGAAACAGACCCCUCUAUCAGAGAUAAGGAACAGAUUCCUGGCGCAGUUCAACGGAGACGCGCCAACACCGCCUUCUGACUCGCACUCCGUCGCGCCGAGGAAGCUACAUCUACAGGACCAAGAAGACACACCGCCUCACAAGAUGGCCAAAUUUUCUAUGGACCAGGUAAGAAUCAACGCAAGCAAGCUAUCCACAAUAGACGCGACCAAGGCGUCUACUCCGGAAGCGAAGCUCGGUGCCUCAGUGGACUUGCAACUGCAGAGGUUGAGCGCGGCGCUGAGCGCGCGGGGGUCGACCCCCGUGCAGAGGCAUAAGCGGACCAGGGAUUCGUUGAAGCCGCUGCCAGGUCCAGAGUCCGAAGCGGCUCCGGAAUCGCAGCCCAACACAGUGGGCUGGGACGACUGAACGCCCGCGGAGCUACCGGCCGCGGCCGAGGCCCCCGCCACGCAGAUCAGGCGGUUCAUGCUGUCUUCUAAUGUUGAUAACCGCGAAGACCUGAUGUCGAUGAUCAUCCACCUCGGCGGGGAAGUCUCCGACGGCUCAGAGCUCGACCCUUCAGCCACCCACCUGCUGUGCGCCGCGCCGGCACGGUCAGAGAAGAUGUUGGGCUCUAUAGCACAUGGGAAGUGGGUGUUGCACCCGGCCUAUGUGGCUAGGAGUCGCGCUAACGGGGCGUUUUUGAAUGAAGAAGAGUACGAAUGGGGCAACGACCUAGCCACCUGCCUACCCCCGCUAGGCACCAGCGAGCGCACUCUCGCCCGGGCGGCGCACCGCUGGCGGGUGGCGCGGGCGCAGCGGCGGCCCGGCGCCUUCAGCGGGGUUGUGGCGCUGCUGCACGUGCCGGCGGCAAGGCGGCGGCUGCUGGCGCGAUUGCUGAGGGCUGGGGAUGGAGAAGUCAUCGAAGCUGAGCCGCCAUACAACUGCGACGGCAUCACCGUCUGCUUCGCGGACAUCAAGCGCUACCCGCUGUCGGCUCGCGACGCCGCGUGGCUGCGCUCGCGCCGCGUCCCCGUCUGCGCACCAGUGGUACUGAGCACGUACCUGACUGAUGAUGCCAGGCCCAAUGUCGAGGAGCUUUGUCUGCCCGAGUUUAGACCCUAGUAAGUGUAAGCACACGGACCUC